GCUAGCUGUCAAUUGCCAGAUGAGGAAAAAAAAACACACACACAGUCAGUAAGAUUUAUUUGCCUGAAGUUAAAGCACAGGGCAUCAAUUCGAAAACUGUUCCAUCAAAUUGCCAACAAAAUUUCGAUUUGCUAGCUCGAUAGCAGAAAGUGAACCUACAGUGCGCUUCCAUCAUGAACUCGCUGCGUUGCGCUGGUUUGCGUGUGCCUGGAGCAGCUGCAGCGGCUGUAGCUGCAGCGGCUGCCUGCCGUCCAAGUGCUGGCCGGAUGACAAUGUUGCCGGCUGUGAUGCGCCGGUUCACCCAUCAUGAUGGUACUCGUUGUAUGAGCGGCGAUCGCGAGGUCGUUGGCUAUGGCGUCAAUGGCAAUCCCAUUUAUAUUGAUUGCCCCGAUUUUCCAUUUCCGGCCAUACGCUAUCGCGAGGUGACGCCGGAGAUAUGUGCGCUGCGCGAAAAGGAGCUGAGCGACUGGAAGAAGCUAUCGUUACAGGAGAAGAAGGCAUUAUAUCGCCAUAGCUUCUGUCAGACCUAUGCGGAAUUUCAACAUUUUACGCCCGAAUGGAAGUUAGGUGUCGGCAUCAUUCUAUGGACGAUUGCACUUUCCAUUCUCCUCACCUUUGCGGUCAAUACGAUCUACGAUGAGCUGCCCGAGACCUUCGAUGAGGAGCGCCGUCAGGCUCAGCUGCGUCGCAUAAUACACUUGCAAAUACAGCCCAUAGAGGGCCUGUCAUCCAAGUGGGACUACAGCAAGAACAAGUGGAAGUAGUGUAAUCUCUGCUCCAAUUGUUCGCCACACAUUUGAAUGAAAUGCUGCUGCACAGUAACAUUACCUACCAUACACCCAACCACCCACACACUCACACACUCGCACACACAAACACCCACAUACAUACAUGUUGAGCUUCCUACAAAAAUUGUCAAUCGUUUUUUAAGCUUGUAUUAAAUUUCAUGCAAUAUCCAUGACGAACAUUA